UGACCAGCUUCUUCUCAUCCUGGAGAUGGCGCGACUACGCCCUACUGCCCACCGCUGAGCAGAGUAUUGCGCCGCAAAAACCGGCAGAAGGAGCGUCCAGCUGCGUGCCGAGCGCACUGCUCAACCUUCCCAAGCGAUACACACGUCUCAUUGCCGCCACGUUGGUCGCCUUUGGCAUCUUCUGGUUCUUUGACCUCUCCUGGUUCAGUUUGCACUCAUGGGAGCGGAAUCCAUACCCUCACCUCCAGUACAGCGCACCACUGAUUAACCUACCGCCUCUCUACCCGGAAUACCGCAAAUACGAGGAGCGGCUCGCUGAGGAGACGGUUCGCAACGCAAACGGGACGGAAAAGUACAUGUUCUUUGCGAAUCAUGCGUAUUCGUGUGGGUGGGGGAACGUGUUGCAGGAGAUGCUGUUCAGCGAGCUGUUGGCUGUGAAGGCGAGGCGAGGGUUCGUAUGGGACGACUAUACGUGGAACCGCGACGGGCCAGAGUACUCGGAUUUCAACGGCAAGAAGAUUCCUUCUCGCAUUCCUCUGUCUACGAUGCUCUCAGGGCAUAUCCUCGGCCAAGGACCCCAUGACGGCACCAUCCCACGUUCAAUCUACAAAGAAGUUUACUAUCAAGUCUGCCCAGAGAACGAGCGGGUGUACAUUGAGCGAACGAUCGUCGAGGAGUACAUCAAGAAGAACGACUUGAAGAUCGACCUCUGGAACGAUGACGGGAUGACGAUCAUGAACGUCUGGCUGUCGGUGCUGCAGCAACCCGAGUAUGCCGACGCGCGCUGUGUGGAGGUCAAGUUUGGUAGCCAUCAAGUGUUUGAUAUCUGGCUGCUCGGGUCGACACGCCUGCAGAAUAUGUGGCCGGACCUGCGGGACUCGCCCAUUCUCAGGAACUGGGGGUGGUCGCCUCUGAUCCACAAUGCGUUCGCAAGGAACGUGCAGCUCUUCGUGUCAGCGGCCGACCUGAUCAAGCCGUCCUCUGGGAUUUUCUCUUGGUUCACAAAAUCACCCCAAUCCACCACCAACAAGCUCGAGCUCGCACUCACGAACGACACGUCGCCUCUGCCUGUUCUCGCUCUACACGUGCGCCGCGGCGAUUUCGCGGAACACUGCAAGAACCUCGCCGGCUGGACGGCACCAUACACCGGGUUCAAUUCGUUCCCAGAGUCGACCGAGCGUGACGGGUUCAUCGCCCCCCAGGUCCAGCAGCGUCGAUACAACGACCCCAAGGUGGUUUCGUCUAAUGAGGAGAGGGAGAGGAUCUACAAGAUCCACUGCUACCCUGAUGCCCAGCAGAUUGUCAAGCGUGUGAGGGAGGUUGUGAAGGAUUAUGAGGCGUUCGUUGAGGAGCAGGAGAAGAGCCUCGAAACCCGUUCACCACACAGCAAGGUCCUCGUACCGGGCAACAGGCGCCUCAACAAGGUCUACGUCAUGACGAACGGCGAUCGCGAGUGGCUGAAGGAGGUCAAAGCCGCGCUGGAGGCUGAUGCUGAAGCGUCGAAGGCAAAGACUGGCGGCGAGGACGGGUGGGAUUUCGAGUGGGCAUGGGAGGGCGUACAUACGAGCCGCGAUUUGGACCUUGGAUGGGAAGAGAAGCCCGUCGCGCAGGCCCUCGAUAUGUUCGUUGCACAAAGGGCAGAGCUAUUUGUCGGCAAUGGGGUCUCGAGUUUAACUGCGAACAUUGUCAUGCUGCGGAUGAACAACAACUUGAACGCCGUCCAGACCCGUUUCUGGUGAG